AUGAAUUCCUCUCAUUCUCAGCAAAGAAAGGAGUUACCAAAAGUUUGCAAGUAAUUCCCUGAGGAAUUCCUUUUUCAAAGAUAGAAAACGGCUUAAUCUACUUUAAACAGUUUGAAUAGAGUAGACAUUGAACAAUUUUUUGAUUAUGACUAAGUUUUAAAGAGCAAUAUCAGUACAGCCUCUAGCUCUGCAACUAGCAACAGACUUUAGAACCCACUUCUUUGUCACAAAAACAUACAAUUUCCAUAGCUUUCAAAAGAUAUUUUAAAUUAGAUUAUCUCAGUAGAAGGAGGAUUAGCUAACCAAAAUCCUAAGGGAAGCUCUAUAAAUAAUAUAUUUUAGCAGAAUAAACAAAAUAAUGCUUAAUAAGAAGAUUUAUUUGACAGAAAAUAACUAAAAUAGAGUUUUUUGCUUAGUUUAAAUCAAAAUCCACAAUAAAAAAUGUUACAAAACUAAGAUUUGGCUUAAAAAAUGCUUAACAAUAGCUCAAGAAAUAAAAUUCUUGAUGGAGAGAAAAGUGAUUUUAUGGUGCCAAUCUUAAGACAUAGAGGUUCUACCAACUUAAUUGGACAAAAAUUAUACGAAUUCAAUGCUGAAGAUGAAGUUAUGGAGGAUUUUAAAGAAAAAGAAGAUUAUUAGGAUUCUCUUGAUAAAAUAUAAAUUUCUCCUGAGUUGCAUUUGUUAAAUGAAAAUAUUUUUUAAUUGUAGAAUUAAGCAAGUAUUAUCAAGCUAAAUAAUAUUAUUGAAAAGAAAGAAAGAAACAAUUCACAUUUAAGUAUGGCAAACAAGUCUCAGUCUUCAUCUACAUCUAAGAGAAUAGAGUUCAAGAAUAAAAAAAGCACUUAGAUUACUUCAUCUUCUUUCACUUUAACUGAUGGCUAGAGGAAUGUUGAAAAUCCAUCGAAUUGCUUACAUAGUCGUAUUGCUUCAAGAAAAAACUAAAGCGCAAUAUCUUAAACAGAAUAGGCAUUUGAUAGCUAAUAAACUGAAGAUGAAGACUCGAUAUAAUUAAAACUAGGCUUCAAAAAAUAAAGUUAAUUGGAAACACUAGAAAAAAGUAGAGUUUUAAUUGAAAAGGCUAUCAAUUAAAAUAGCACUUAAAUGAUAAAGUAAGACAACCAAAUAAGAGCUAGCUCAUCUUGUGCUAGCUUUAUAUCUAACUAAUAAUCAAAUAGAAGUGCGUUUAAAUAAAUCCCUUACAUUCUAACUCCAUCAAACCUAAAUUAAAAUAAGUAGUAUUUAAUUUAAGGUUAAAAUAAAAAAAAUCUUUAGAUCAACUAGUAAUUAUUUCUAAGCAGAAAUAAUUCAAUUGAAAAUUUGCCUAGUUAAAUUAGUCAAAGCAUACAAUUAAAUUAAAAUCAUAGUGAUAAAUAGAUAAAUGAUGCAAAUUUAUUAAAUUCGCCCAUCCUUAGAUUACCUAAAUUGACUCUUAAUGCUGAUUAAAAGUUAUUAUCAAUUAAUAAUUCUGCAUUAAAUUUUAUCAAUGAUAAUAACUUUCAAGAGUAGCAGCAGCAAUAAACAGAUUAGACUACUUGUAAGACUAUUAAUGGUAUCGGAGUCAAGAGAGAGAUAAAAACACCUAAUUUUAACACAAUGUAAGCAAAUAGAAAUCAAAAUACUAGCAGCUUGUAAUUAGAUGAAUAGAAAAAAAUGUUGAGAUAGUCUAAAGAAAAGAGUGAAACCAGCUUUUAAAAUAACCAAUAAAUGCAAAUGAUAAGAAUAUCUAGUGUGAAUAGCGACUCAAAAGAAAAACAUUAAAAUGAAAUUGAUGAAAUGAAUUCCUUUGAACUUGAAGUUAAAAGCAGUUAUUACUAAAGAAAGCAAUAAAAUGAAAAUAUUUAAGAAAAGAAGAAUAAUAAAUAAGACCUAGAUGCUAGCUUUGGAACGAACUAGAAUAAUAAAAAUAGCACCUUUCAACUUAAUGAAGACUAAACUUUAACUUUAUUGGAUACAUCGAUGAAUUAAUAAAAUAGUGCAUAAAUUGAACAUAGAAAAAAGAAUAUUGCACAAAAGAAUUUUAAGUGCAAUAAAAGUUAAUAAGUUAGCAAGAAUCAAAAUCACAAACAUAAUUAAAAUAUUUUAUAAGAUGAUAUUUUUUCUUAAAAAAAUAUUGACUUUUCAAAUUAGACACAAAAAAAAGCAAUAUCCAACAGGAAUUAGGAAAGAAGUUUGUCAAAUGCAUUAGAUAUUUAAUACAAAGAUUAACAAAUUAAUGCCUUUGGCUAAAUCUAAAAUUAAAAGCUAAGCUUACAUUCCUACGGAUUUUCUAUGAGAAAUAAAGAGAGUGUGCAUUAAAGAAGCUAAAUUUUAAACCAAAAUAAAGCUAACAAUUCAUUAAAAGACCAACAUAUUAUUUCUUUUGAUAUUGAUUCUUACUAUCAAAAUUUGUAACAAAAUAUUCCUAAUAAUUUCUUGAUAAAUGAAUAAUUAAAAUAGAAAUAUCCUUAAAAGCAGUCAUGUAUUAUUUAAAAUUAAUCAAACUAAAAUGGUUUUGUUUAAAAAUAAAAUGACAUUUUUUAGGCUGAAAAAAUGAAGAAUGAUUCUAAUUUAAGUGAAGAAAAAGCUUUUGACAAUCUUUUGCAUACUUUUAAUGCAUCUAAAAAUACUGAUCAAUUAAAAUUAUAAGAAGUCAUCCAAAAUUUUUAAUUUAAUAAUUAACAUUAUUUGAAUUGUGUUGAAAGCCUUUAACUCAGUAAAGCAAUCUAGCCAAAUAAUAAAAACAUCCUAAAAGAAUUUGAAAAGGAAAAAGAAAUCAAACAGUAAAAUAGCUCAUCUUAAAAUUAAAAAUAAAGAAUAGAAAAAAAUCAACAUUAUUUCAUACAAGUAAAAAAUGACAAAUAUCUCUAGAAAAAAAAUUUAGUGUAAAGCAAACACAAAAGUGUAGAUUUAAAACAGAUUAUUUCAAAACAAAAAACUAAUUCUAAUAAUAAAACUAAAAUUGAGGAAAAAAAUAGUUUAGCCACAAGAAGUAUUUCAAAUUAAUAAGAUAAUAAUUUAUAUAUCAAUGAAAAAAGUAUCGAAAUUUAAGAUCCUAAAUGA